GCGAGCCCCGCUCAGCAUGAGCGCUUAGCGGAGGCUCGCGGCCGUUCUUCUGGCGCGGACCCCCGGACCCGCUUGGUCUCCGAGCCCUGAGCCACUGUGAGGAAACAUGGCUGCCUUGACGACGGUCGUGGUGGCGGCAGCGACCACAGCAGCGUCCGGGGCGGCGGCAGGGCCGGGCGCGGCCGCGGGAAGCGGCGCGGGAGCAGCGCCGGCGCCGCCACAGAGUGAUGGCUGCUUUAGUACAUCGGGUGGAAUUUAUCCUUUUCAUCUUCAAAACUGGAAGCAGAAAGUUAAUCGAACAAAGAAAGCAGAAUUCAUACGCACAGCAGAAAAAUUUAAAAAUCAAGUUAUUAUUAUAGAAAAAGAUAAACACAGUCAUUUCUACAACCAAAAACAUGACUUAAGAGUUGAGCACAGUAUGCUGGAAGAAUUGGAAAAUAAAUUGAUUAACAGCAGGAAAAUGGAAAGAGCAAAAAUCCAGCAACAAUUAGCCAAAAUACAUAACAAUGUAAAGAAACUUCAGCUUCAAUUGAAAGAUGUGAAGCCUACACCUGAUUUUGUCGAGAAGCUCAGAGAAAUGAUGGAAGAAAUUGAAAAUGCGAUUAACACUUUUAAAGAAGAACAAAGAUUGAUAUACGAUGAGCUCAUUAAAGAAGAGAAAACAACAAAUAAUGAAUUGAAUGCCAUAUCAAGAAAAAUUGACACAUGGGCUUUGAGUAAUUCAGAAACAGAGAAAGCUUUCAGAGCAAUAUCAAGCAAAGUUUCUGUAGACAAAAUGACACCAAAUACUCUUCCAGAAGCAGUGGUAGAUUUUGAAAACUUCCUUCAGCAAACGGGAGGACGGCAAGGGGGCUGGGAUAAUUAUGACCAUCAGAACUUUGUAAAGGUGAGGAACAAACAUAAAGGGAAACCUGCAUUCAUGAGAGAAGUUCUGGAACACCUUCCAGGAAGAACGCAGGAUGAAGUUCAACAGCAUGAGAAAUGGUAUCAAAACUUUCUGACUCUAGAAGAAAGAAAAAAAGAGUCUAUUCAGGACUGGAAAACUAAAAAGCAGCAAAAGAAGCAGGAAAUUUUCAAGUUAAAAGAGAAGACAGACAAUAUUCCUGUCCUUUUUCAUAACAAACCAGAAGAUAAUCAAAAGCAAAAAGAGGAAGAAAGAAAGAAACAGAAGUUGGCAAUUGAAGCUUGGAAAAAACAGAAACAUAUAGAACUGUCAAUGAAAUGUGCUUCUAAGUUAGAAGAGGAAGAGAAAGAGAAAAAACAACAGAAAGAGCGCCAACGCCAGUAUAAACUAAAAUUACUACUAGAAAGCUACACCCAGCAGAAGAAAGAACAGGAAGAAUUUCUGAGGCUUGAAAAGGAGAUGAGGGAAAAGGCGGAAAAGGCAGAAAAAAGGAAAACUGUUGCUGAUGAAAUAACCAGGUUUCAAGAAAGAGAUUUAUAUAAACUUGAAUUGAAAAUUCUAGAUAGACAGGCAAAGGAAGAGGAAAAGGCAGAAAAGCAAAGAAGACUGACAAAAUUAAAGGAAAAGGUUGAAAAUAAUGUUAGUAGAGAUCCUUCUAGGCUUUACCGACCUACCAAAGGUUGGGAACAACGGACCAAAAACAUAGGACCAACAGGCUCUAGGCCCCUUCUCCAUAUCCCACACAGGGCUAUUCCAACCUGGAGACAAGGAAUUUAGAGAAAAAUACGAGACAAUGGAAUUACUAUUCACUGAUGGAAUUACUAGUAUAUUCAGUAAUACCAGGAGAGUGUGACUAACCAUAUUCUUUUAAAUAUCACUAGACUAGUAGGUUGAUUAUUGUGCUCUAUGUAAAGUGAGAGAUAGUAUAAGUUUCAUGCUACAUUAUCAUUAAUGGCUUCUGUUUCUACUAAGAGGGUAUUUAGGAUAUAUAUUGACCUAUUAUUGAUAUAAGUUAUUUAUAUAAAUUUAUGUUACAAACACUAUCCAUUUAAAUAUCCAAAGCAUUUCAAAGAUACUUUUGUCAUAGCAUAGCAAAAUAAAUCUAGUCAUAGAGAAGAAUUUUUAAAAACCAAAAUUUUGUAACUUUUGUAAAUUGGAAGUAAGUUGGCUCGAAUAACAAAAAUGUCUUUUUUUUUUUAAGAGCUACAAAAUAGUACUUUUUCUAAGUGUAACAAAUUGGUAAUUUGUCAGUUAUUACAUUUUUGUGUAUU